CCUACUCCCCUUCUUUCUCUCUCCUCUGGUCACUUGGUAUAACGCUUCUUUUUUCUCCCUCAUACCUUUUCUUUUCUCUCUUUCUUUUUUUUUUCGCCACUUUGCCUGAGCCCGGAGUUCUUGUCACCACGACGCCACCGGAUACACUCCGACACUCGCCAGUCGCCAGAAGCCCAGAACGCCAGCGGCCAAAUCCAGAACCAGUAGCGGCAGACCGGGGUUCGACAGUGCUGCAGUAGGCCGCGCAAUUUCUCACCAUCAGACUGAGAGUCUCGCACCAGCCACCAUAGCCAACUCCAAAAUUUCAAUAUAGGAGAUACAGAGAAAUAGAUAAUGGCAGAUUGUGUUGGAUGCUUUAACCCUUCAAAAACCCUAAUUAAAGAAAAGCUCUUUUCACCCCUUACUUUUUCAAAUGGUAGUGCUCAUUGCUGUUACUACAAACAUGGAUUCAAGUUGAGGAGCAAAUUCCAAGGAUUAUAUGCUUCUUCAACAAUGUCAACACCAAACCAUCCUGGACCUACAUCUUCAAUAGAUGUUUUGAAUCAGGGCAAUCGCAAUCCAGAGAUUUUCCAAGCAAUUGAAAAGUCUCUAUCCAAUUGCCUUUCAGAGACCAACCUUCAUCUCACAGUUCCUGGUCUCAAGUCCAAAACCCGAGGCAAGGUCAGAGACAUAUAUGAUGGUGGAGAUUUUCUUGUGUUGGUCACUACAGAUAGACAAAGUGCAUUUGACAGAGUUCUUGCUUCAAUUCCAUUCAAAGGACAGGUAUUGAAUGAGACAAGUUUAUGGUGGUUUGACCAAACUCGUCAUAUUACUUCAAAUGCGGUUAUUUCAGCUCCGGAUAAGAAUGUCACAAUAGCAAAAAAAUGUACCAUUUUUCCUGUUGAAUUUGUUGUGAGAGGAUUUGUUACCGGAAGCACUGAUACAUCAUUGUGGACGGUCUACAAGAAUGGUGUUCGGAAUUACUGUGGCAAUGCUCUGUCAGAUGGACUGGUAAAAAAUCAGAGGCUAGAGAGAAACAUACUUACACCAACAACUAAAGCGGCAGAUCAUGAUGUUCCUAUUACUCCACAGGAGAUUAUAGAACGUGGGCUAAUGACCAAAGCUGAUUUUGAUGAAGUUAGCAGGAAAGCUCUGAGUUUAUUCGAGUAUGGACAGCGUGUGGCUCGGGAACAUGGUUUGAUUUUGGUGGAUACUAAGUAUGAAUUUGGAAAAACAAGCGAUGGCACAAUUGUUCUAGUUGACGAGGUGCACACACCUGAUUCAAGUAGAUACUGGAUUGCACAUUCUUAUGAGGAACGUUUCCAUGACGGUCUUGAACCUGAAAAUGUUGACAAGGAGUUUUUGAGAUUGUGGUUCAAAGAUCAUUGUAACCCAUAUGAAGACGAGGUUCUUCCAGAUGCUCCCAAAGAACUUGUUUGCGAGCUAGCUUCACGAUAUAUAUUUCUCUAUGAGACGAUAACAGGUUCCAACUUUGAUAUACCAGAUGCAGAGAUACCAAUUCAUGACAGAAUCUCUCGAAAUGUCUCAUUGGCAUUGGCAUCUCUCAAGUAAAACUCAUAUUCCAAUAGCCUAGAUUAACUUUUCUCGGUCGAAAGCCAUUAACCAUUUCUUUUUUCUCACCUUCCAAAUGGGAAAGAUAGAAGGUUUUCUGAAUAAGAGUUGCUGGUUGCUCACACAAAGGGUCUAGAAUUAAAAGUCUAUGUAUUGUUAAGAAUUAAGAUGUAUACUCCUUGAACACUGUAUGAUUGUAGUAUCUGUACAAUCUGGAAUUUAGGGGUUUCGGCGGACAAAAAUAGGGGAUAUUUUGGGGAGUAUUUAAAAGCUUACCUCUUAUUUUCCCCAAAAUUAAUCAAGUUUUUUGUAUAUCGUGGUUAUAAAUUAGGAGCUUCGAGCUCUAUCGUCAUUACGAUGUUAGACUAACAGUGUAACAAAAAACUACUUGAUGGAAUCUGGGUUUUCCUUUUGGAUGUGGGACUAAUUGGUUUUUCUGGAUUCCCAAAGUUUGAAUUUCAUUGAGCUCGUUUGAUUCUAA